AAAAGUCGAUUACUUCUGUGGCAAAGUUCCCUUUGUUCUUCUUCAUCUAUAUAUACAAAACCACAACUCAUUAUCUUUCACUGUGCAUAAAUUUCUAUGGAUGAUUCCUGGCGCAUGCGCAUGGGAAUGCCGAGCAUGCCCGGCCGGCACUCUGGCGCCGACCGGACCUCAACGCACUCGGUAUUCCCGGCUUAUUCGGAUGUGGCAACAAAUCUUCAAGCGGACGACUUUGCCGACGUGUUUGGGGGUCCUCCACGUAGCGUCCUCCCGCGCCAAUCUUCCGGCUGCUCCACUUCGUUCUUUGAGGAGAUUUUCAGGCCGGAGUUCGUUUCUACAUCGGAGAAGAGCGGCCGCAGCUUGCCGGAGUUCAGGAUUCCGACGAGGAGCGAGGGGUUCUAUAGUGAUAUCUUCGGGUCGGACGACGAGUUCCAGCGGAGGUCUAGAGAGCGGUCGAGGCCGAACUCUAAAGCCAAGUCGAAUUCUUCUUCGGUGUUGAGCUCGGAGGAGCUGAGUCCUCUCCGGCGGGUCAUCGGCGAUGACGUGGCGUUGUCGUCGUUUGCUUCUAAGCUCAGCAAAUUGGAAUUUAGCAACGAAGUUCUUGAUUGCCACAGGCCAAUAAAUGUACGAUGGGAUUCAUCGACUAUGAAGCCCGCCAAGGAACAUUCAAAGAAACUAGGCGUACCGGCAGGUGUUCGUUGCAGUCAUAUACCUUCAUUCACUGAAAACAAAAGUAACGAAAACGAUUACUACGAACAUACUAGAGCCUCCUACUUUGGAUUCACACGAAAGGUUUUGUCCCCGGAAACCAUCAGUAUCGAACCAAGUUCAUUUCGAAGCGUCAAGCUAUCUACGGAGGAUCUUGAACUACUCAACUCCCCUUCAUCGGAAGUCUCUUCGAUUUGUCAGGAACAUGAGGCCAAACCGGGGAUUCUUCAUGAUCAUGUUUUUCCCGGAAAAGAAGUGGGGGUGACAGAACAAGAAGAACUAGAUGAUGAAGAUGAUGAUGAAGAAGAUGACGAUGAUGAUGAAGAUGAAGUAAUGAGCUCGUAUGUGAUUGAGAUCAAUUCUGACCACAGAGAGGGUACAUAUGAAGAAGUUAACCUUGAAGAAGCAAUUGCUUGGGCUAAAGAGAAGUUUCAAACGCAUAGUGCUUCUGAAAAGGAAUCAAGCAUGACAGCUCAUGAUCACAAUGAACAGUCCAUUGAAUUGGAAGAAGGAAGGCCUAAUGUGGAUGAAUGCUUGGAUCGACAGAGAGAUGAACACGAAAUGACUAGAACUCCUGAGAUGGAGCUGGAGUUCUUGGAUGAAGACGUAAGGUUAUGGUCAGCUGGGAAGGAAUCGAACAUUCGCAUGCUUCUUUCAACACUGGAGCAGAUUCUAUGGCCCAACAGUGGAUGGUAUACAAUACCUCUGACAAGCCUAAUAGAAAGUUCACAGGUCAAGAAAGCCUAUCAAAAGGCAAGACUGUGUCUCCACCCUGACAAACUGCAACAAAGAUCAGCAACACCAGCUCAAAAAUAUGUUGCUCAGAAAGCUUUCGCCAUUCUACAGGAUGCAUGGGAAUUAUUCAUCUCCCAAGAUGUGUUCAUUAUCUAGUGGAUGAUCACAACGCUUGAAACUCAGUUUUGACUUGAAGAUUACAAUUAAACUACGUGCAAGCUUUUAGAUAUCCAUCAUAUAUAUAUUGAACAAUAUCGACCUUAUUUUUCAUUGUAGACUUUGUAUAUGUGAGAUAUAUGAACAUUGUUGAAUUAACUACAGCUGGUAUUUCGAAUUCU